AUCUUCGCAAUGCUGUCUGAGGUUGACGUAUUCAUCAGCAAUUAUACUCUUGUCGAUCCUGACAUAUAUCAACUUUGGGUCGACGGUCAUUCGUCGAGCGAAGCGGUUAACAUCUUACAUCAACGAGGAAUAUGUCACCAGACGAAUGCUCCGAUCGAGUUAGUGGCUUCCGAUAUUCUCGAUCAUUAUCGGACAUACGCUUUAUUAGAAAAAUUACUUCAUGCGCCUACCAAAUUGGCGAGCGAACAACUCGCCUUCCAGAUCGAACCUCAAACUAGUCAGAUGCUUAUCGAAAUGUACUACGAAUUCGACGAUGUUGUCAUUAGAGAAUUAUUAGGUAAAAAGAUAACGUCCAAAAGCAGAAAGGAUAUGGACGAAGUGUCGGAAAAAACUGGUAUCACGUUGAAGAGUUGUCGUCGACAGUACGAUAAUGUGAAAAGAGUGUUCAAAGCUGUUGAAGAUUUGCCAGGUUCUUUGGCUGCCAAUAUCGAGCAACAUUUUUUACUAUCCGAAGACCUUGCCAAGAGAUAUGCUGCUGUGGUAUUCAUAGCGUGUCUUCGAUUCGAGAUGAACAAAAGGAAGCUUCAAUUUCUAACGUUUCCUGACUUAUACCAUUGUGCCAACAGUAUGAUGUCAUCUUGGACGUACCGUUGUGUUGGAUCAGAAUAUUUUGACACUGACUUGGAUAGAGAAUUCUUGCUAGAAUUAGCAGAAUGUAGGGUACUUUUGGAAAAUGACAAACAUCACAAGCAUUUAGUGUGCAUCAAGCUUAAACCUAUGCUUUUAGAACGUUCGUAUCAAGAGAUAGAUACAAACUUUCGUUCGUACACCAGAGCUAUUCUAGGAAUAGGAUGUAACCUUCAUCGUUCCAGAGAUCUACGGUUUUUCUUUCUGGAAUUGGUAGAGAGAUGUAUAGAACCGUGGCGUCAAGCAAAUUGGACGCAUACGGAUCUCAGAAAUUUUCUAUCAGUUUACACACAAUGCGCGCUUGAUAUGGAUGUACUUAGAGACAAUGAACUGAGAGAUGCAUUCGAACGUUACAUGACCGUUGUUACGUGCUGUUUAUUGCGUAUGCAUCAUACAUGACUAUUAACCGAAGAUGAAGAUGGCACGCAAAAAGUUAACGUGAUUGACAACGACGAUAAGUGAUAGAGGUGGAAAAUAAUAUAAAAUCGAGGAAGUGUAUG